GUCUUUAAAAACCCCUCGGCACGUUCCCGCCAUGACCACCCAUCGUGAAGGAGUUUUUGUUGAGGGUCUUUGGGUGGAGAAGGAGGGUCUCUCUUCCGAUGUCGCGCCUCCGGUACCUGAAGUCGGCUGUACGUCCGCGCCAUUGGAGUCCAUGUCGUUUCACUUUGCUAGCUACUGCAAGGCUUACUCGGAAGAUUACAUGUUAUGUAAAAACGAGUCCCAAGAUCCUCGCCAUUGUUUGAAGGAGGGGCGGAAGGUUACUCGUUGUGCGUUGGACUUGAUCCGAAAACUGAAGGAAAACUGUGACAAGGAAUGGACACGGCACUGGGAAUGCUUGGAUGUGAACAACCAUCAACUUUUCCAAUGCCGCAAGGAGGAACGGGAAUUUAACGAUUGUGUAUUCAAAAAGCUGGGUCUUACGAAGACUAUUCCGGAUACACCAGAGGGACAAACGCCCAUUCAUCUCAAGGAGAAGCCCUUGUACAAAUAAUCACCGUCAUGAUAGAUAUUCUCAUAUACCGACACAGUUGGAUUUGGAAAUAAAGAAGAGGUUACGCGACUGUAUUAUUUGACAAUAUAGUCUAAGUUAACAACAUUGGUAGGAUGAGGUUCCCACACAAUGCCGUCUUUUUCUGAGAUUGUCCUGUGGACUUUGUGGAGAAGCGUAUAG